GGGAGCGAGCGAGGGCCGGGGGCGCUGGGACGAGUGCUAGUCAAUCCCUCGACUCCACCAUCCACCCGCCGCCCAGACGCCUGGGCCGCGGAGUUUGUGUCCCGGCUCGGACCCCGGCGCCCAGCCCAGAGCCGUAACCUUGAGGCGGCGGCGGCGGCGGGGCCGGGCCGGGCCGGACCGGGGGGCGGCGGCGCUGGAUCCACGAUCGCCCGAUCGCAGGCGGGAGAUGUCGAAUCCCGGGACGCGCAGGAAUGGCUCCAGCAUCAAGAUCCGUCUGACAGUAUUAUGUGCCAAGAAUCUUGCAAAGAAAGACUUCUUCCGACUUCCCGACCCUUUUGCAAAGAUCGUUGUGGACGGGUCUGGGCAGUGCCACUCAACUGACACUGUGAAAAACACGUUGGACCCAAAGUGGAAUCAGCAUUAUGACCUAUAUGUUGGGAAAACGGAUUCAAUAACCAUCAGCGUGUGGAACCACAAGAAGAUUCACAAGAAGCAGGGAGCUGGCUUCCUGGGCUGUGUCCGGCUGCUCUCCAAUGCCAUCAGCAGGUUAAAAGAUACCGGAUACCAGCGUUUGGAUCUAUGCAAACUAAAUCCCUCAGAUACUGAUGCAGUUCGUGGCCAAAUAGUGGUCAGUUUACAAACACGAGACAGAAUCGGCACGGGAGGGGCUGUGGUGGACUGCAGGGGGCUGUUGGAAAAUGAAGGAACGGUGUAUGAAGACUCCGGGCCAGGGAGGCCGCUUAGCUGCUUCAUGGAGGAGCCGGCUCCAUACACCGAUAGUACAGGAGCUGCUGCGGGGGGAGGUAACUGUGGCUUCGCAGAGUCCCCCAGCCAUGAUCAGAGACUUCAGAUGCAGCGGCUGCGGAAUCCUGAGAUUCGAGGGUCCCUGCAGACGCCCCAGAACCGCCCACAUGGCCACCAGUCCCCUGAGCUGCCCGAGGGCUAUGAACAAAGAACCACAAUCCAGGGGCAAGUUUACUUUUUGCACACACAGACGGGUGUGAGCACUUGGCACGACCCCAGGAUACCCAGAGACCUUAACAGCGUGAACUGUGAUGAACUUGGACCAUUGCCACCUGGCUGGGAAGUCAGAAGCACUGUUUCUGGGAGGAUAUACUUUGUAGAUCACAACAACCGAACAACCCAGUUUACAGACCCAAGGUUACACCACAUCAUGAAUCACCAGUGCCAGCUAAAGGAGCCCAGCCAGCCGCUGCCGCUGCCCAGUGAAGGCUCAGUGGAGGACGAGGAGCUGCCUGCCCAGAGAUACGAGCGGGACCUUGUCCAGAAACUCAAAGUCCUCAGACAUGAACUUUCACUGCAGCAGCCCCAGGCUGGCCAUUGCCGCAUCGAAGUCUCUCGAGAGGAAAUAUUUGAGGAGUCUUAUCGCCAGAUAAUGAAGAUGCGGCCAAAGGACUUGAAGAAGCGCCUGAUGGUGAAAUUCCGCGGGGAAGAAGGCCUGGAUUAUGGUGGCGUGGCAAGGGAGUGGCUUUAUUUAUUGUGCCAUGAAAUGUUGAAUCCAUAUUACGGGCUCUUCCAGUAUUCUACGGACAACAUUUACAUGUUGCAAAUCAACCCAGAUUCCUCCAUCAAUCCUGACCAUCUGUCUUACUUCCACUUUGUGGGUCGCAUCAUGGGCCUUGCUGUGUUCCAUGGGCACUACAUCAACGGGGGCUUCACGGUUCCCUUCUACAAGCAGCUACUGGGGAAACCCAUCCAGCUCUCGGAUUUGGAGUCGGUAGAUCCCGAACUACACAAGAGCUUAGUGUGGAUUCUGGAGAAUGACAUCACCCCCGUGCUGGACCACACCUUCUGCGUGGAGCACAACGCCUUCGGGCGGCUUCUUCAGCACGAACUGAAACCCAACGGCAGGAAUGUCCCUGUGACAGAGGAGAACAAGAAAGAAUAUGUCCGGUUGUACGUCAACUGGAGGUUUAUGAGAGGAAUUGAAGCCCAGUUCCUAGCGCUGCAGAAAGGCUUCAACGAGCUCAUCCCUCAACAUUUACUGAAGCCCUUUGACCAGAAGGAACUGGAGCUGAUCAUCGGUGGCCUAGAUAAGAUAGACUUGAACGACUGGAAGUCCAACACGCGCCUAAAACACUGUGUGGCUGACAGCAACGUGGUCCAGUGGUUCUGGCAGGCUGUGGAGGCCUUCGACGAAGAGCGGAGGGCCCGGCUCCUGCAGUUUGUGACUGGCUCGACGCGCGUGCCUCUCCAGGGCUUCAAGGCUCUGCAAGGCGCGGCAGGGCCCCGGCUCUUCACUAUCCACCUCAUAGACGCAAACACGGACAACCUUCCGAAGGCCCACACCUGCUUCAACCGAAUCGACAUCCCGCCAUACGAGUCUUACGAGAAGCUCUAUGAGAAGCUGCUGACCGCCGUGGAGGAAACCUGCGGGUUUGCGGUAGAGUGAAGGGCAGCUGGGAGCCCAGGCUCGAGCUCCGACCACCAGCCACAUGCACACUGACCUCUGGUGC